CUCUCAACAUUGAUCCAUCAACAAGGCUCGAAACCACCACCGCUACUAUCAUUCCUCAGGCGGGACUCUUUGCUCCAAGGCGGCACAAGGCCGCUGACCGCUCCCAGCAAGAAAAAGAGAGACCUGCGACCUGCUUCGAUACAUGGACAAUCCCGAAGAGCCUUCACCAAUAUGGACGCCGAUUGGGGCGAGAUUGCCCAAUAUCACACACAACUUGGCUACCGACCCGACCCCACCAAUCCCAGCGCGCAUCACUCGGCGCCGACCGCCGUCGCUUUCGAUACCCGAUCAGAGCUGCUAUGGGUUGGAAAGGAUCAGGGUCGCGUUGCGGCCUAUGUUUACUUCCUAAACAAUGGAAUCAUGGAGUUCCAGCGCCACAUCGCCUUCUUGUCGCACCCGCGACAACAGGGGCCCGUUCACCAGUUUCUCUUCAACGAGACGGGUGUAAUUAGUCUCGGGUCGCAUAACGUGCACAUGGCGCAGAGGGGAGGAAUGUGCCUUGCCAACAUUGGGCAUGUAAACAUGACGAAUCUGCGCUGCAUGACUUUCACCUCCCGAGGCACUUCGGAGAUACUGGUUGCCGGCGACCAGGACACCAUGUUUGUUAUCGAUCUUAACAAGAAGCAGAUAACCAAGGAGGUCCCUGCUCCAAACCACUACUUCCUGAUGAAGAAGAGCAAAUAUAUCUGCGCAGCAUCCCGCAACGGCUGCGUCGACAUUCUGGACCCCAUCACCCUGAAGGUCAUCAACACAUGGAAUACGCGCUCUGCGCAACUCAACGACAUGGACGUGCAGCACGACUUUAUCGUGACCUGUGGAGCCUCUCUCAAGCAGGGUACCUACAUGGCUGACCCCUACGUCAACGUAUUCGACCUGAAGAACAUGCGGUCCUUCCCACCUAUCUCUUUCCCGCCCCUAGUCACCUACGCCCGAAUGCACCCCAAGAUGGUGACUACCAGUAUCGUAGUGUCCAAGACCGGACAGAUGCAUGUUGUGGAUAUUGCCAAUCCUCACAACCCCAUAGUCCGCCAGGUGCUUGGCCAUACACACUUGGCCCUGUUCGAUGUUUCGCCCUCGGGCCAGGCGAUGGUCUUUACAGACACAGAGGGCUAUAUUCAUGUAUGGGGUCCGACGUCAAAAGCGGUGUCGUUUGUCGACCAAGGCCUUCCGGUUGAAUUUGAGACUGAGCAGCCAAACUUUGCAUCGAUACCAUGGUCCGAAGACUUCCCAGUAAACAUGGUUGGCCUGCCACACUACUCGGAUGCAUUGCUAUCAGCAUGGCCCGCGGAUCUUUCCUCGGAUGUCGGUGCGCCUCCAGCUCAGUUUGAUCAGGCAUACGUCGAUGCGAUGAUGCCAAACGGCAAUGUUGGCCUGUAUGGCAAAGCCGUGGCCGGUACCCGCAGGAAUCAGGUUGUCGACACUAGAUCUGCCGACAAGCCGCAGAGCAGCCUACAGGCCCCCAAGUUUCUCAGCGAAAAGGCCAGAGAUGGGUUCAAGGGACUCACAAUGGACACGAGCGAUAUUGAAACUAGCGAGGAUAUUGUUCCGAGCCCCAUAAGGACUGACAUUGAGAGCUUGAAGUCUGUGGUACCAAACAUGUAUCACUUAUUCGAAAUCAAGUUCAGCAAAUUUGGUGUUGACGACUUUGACUUUGGAUAUUACAACAAGACGCACCACUCAGGACUGGAAAACCACAUCACCAAUUCUUAUGCCAACAGCCUCUUGCAACUUCUCCGAUUCACUCCCAUCCUCCGUAACUUGGCUCUCCAACAUGCCGCCACCUCUUGCCUCGACCAGCACUGUCUCCUCUGCGAGCUUGGUUAUCUUUGCGACUCGAUGGAAAAGGCGAGAGGCGCAUCAUGCCAGGCAACCAACAUGCUAAAAAUGCUGAGUCAACAUCCUGCAGCUGCGAACCUUCAUCUUCUUGAUGGUGAUAGGAUCGCCUCAUCCUCGGCCAUGAAGAUACAAGGUCUUCUCCGUUUCCUACUGGACUUCAUGUCUCGCGACUAUGGCAAGACAUCGCCAGGUAUCAACGACCUGGAAAAUGCCACAGCGACCUCAUCCCAAAGCUUGAUCAGAUGCGACCAGUGCAAGAGCGAGACGUCACGACCGCAGACAAACUACGUGCAGGACUUGGCAUACUCCCCAGUCACAAGCAACGGCAACAAAGGUGUCGAUGUCGCGGACAGCUAUCUGGCGGCGCAACAAGGUGUGGCAAGAGGUCGCAUGGCGCCCGCGAAGCUGCCGUCUUUCUCACAAAUCCUUAAGAAGAGCAUAGAAAGAGAGCAGGUGACGCGAGGGUGGUGUACUACUUGCCGUGGUUACCAGCCGCUGUCGAUGCGCAAGAUUAUCAAAUCCAUACCCCAGGUGCUCGCUGCCAACACUUGCAUUUCAUCGGUCGAGGAAAAGAAGCUCUGGGCAACCCCUGGUUGGCUACCCGAGGAGGUAGGCUUCAUCAUCGACAAGGAACACAUAUUUUGCUACGAGGGCGCCGAGUUGGACUGGCUCAUCAAGAAUGGAAAGUACAAGCUCUAUGUGUACUCUUUGAUGGGUCUUGUUGUCAACAUUGAGCCGGGUCCGACCUUCAAACCGCAUCCGGUCGCAAUCAUCAAUGCCGCUCACUCCGAGCCCCAAAAGCCCGCAAAGAGCCAAUGGCAUCUCUUCAACGAUUUCCACGUGAAGCCCAUCUCAGCCAGAGAAGCACUCACAUUCAAUACAUCGUGGAAGACUCCUCUUGUUGUCAUGUUUCAGUUGAAAGCGGCCAACAACCACAUCGACAGUACAUGGUUGCAAAGACUCGACACGUCGAUUCUAUAUCAGGAUCAAUCGCCCGAAGCAGAAGACAAAUCAUAUACUCUUCUCGAUCGAAACAAGGAAGCCCCUACACCAGGAACCGUCAUUGCAAUUGACGCCGAAUUCGUUCUCGCCAAGGACUUCGAGUAUGCGGUCAACUCGGAUGGUGAAAAAGAGACGAUCAGGCCACGCAUACACUCACUGGGAAGAGUUUCGGUCGUACGCGCAAGCGGAGAUCGACGUGGCGUGCCAUUUAUCGACGACUACAUUAACAUCAAGGAGCCCAUAGUUAACUACUUUACCGAAUUCUCUGGCUUGACAGAGACUGACCUGGAUCCUAAGACAUCGAGGCACAACCUUGUGCCGCUCAAGCUCGCAUUCAAGAAGCUUUGGUUGUUGCUGAACUUGGGUUGCAUAUUUGUUGGGCACGGCCUCAGGUCCGAUUUCCGUGUUAUAAAUCUCCAGGUGCCACGAGAACAAGUUCACGACACUCAAGAGCUCUUCUGGGUCGAGGCGCAACGGCGGAAACUUUCUCUGGCCUUCCUGGCCAAGUCAGUACUCAACCUCGAGAUCCAGGGACACAUGCACGACAGUAUCGAGGACGCCAACACUGCUCAGCUACUAUACUGGAAGUAUAAGGAGCUCUUGGAAAGCGGUAGACUGCACGAGGAGCUUAAGAAGAUCUACGCCUUUGGAGUCAAGCAUGGGUUUAGGCCUGUCAAGGUGGCCGGGCAGUCGGCGCAGCGGACCGAGACGCCACCCAUGGUGGACGACGCGCAGCCCGGUGCUCUACUUCCGUAUCAGCCUCCAGAGUUGUUGCAGGGCAGCUAGGAGCUGUUCUUUGUGAAUGCGAGAGGUUUGCAUAUUUAGCGGCUAGGAACAAAACUACUCCAGCUACGGCUUGAUUGGAGAGAGCGUGUAUGGAUUUGGUUUAUCACGGCCAUUUGUGUGUCUCAAUUAUUUGAAUGGUAUAAAUUUAUAAGUCUCCAAACUCGU